AUGUGGUUUGCGUUGUUUUUUGUACACGUGUUGAGUUGGACUACUGCAGUUCACGGUGGAGAUGAAAAUGUUGUCCGCUUCGUUUCCCUUCGACCCGAUUUGAAUUUACACCAAUUGGAAUAUCUAGACUUCCACACGAAUAUUCUGAGAAGAAGGGCCCAAAUAGAACAAACUACCGGUCAUAUGCUUCAUUUAAUCAACCAGAAGCGAUUAGUUGGUUUACAAAUCAUGCCACCGGGACCUAUCCACUAUAGCCGAGCACAACAUCCGGAUUGGACUUAUGAAGCCUAUCUCAUUGCGGAAGAAGCCAAGUCCUUGGUGGCGGAAACAUCCGAGUUGCCUUGGAAGGGUAAUGUGAACAAGGAUGUUUUGAUCGUGAAAAGCAUAAUGCAUUCCAACUGUGGUGAACAUGUUACAGCAUCUGCGCUCGCCACAAGUCUCAUAGAGGUUGAACCUAGCAAUGCGUUUUAUCGGUACCUGUUUAGUGAAGUGCUUUCUCGUCAGGAUCAGACAUUAAUUCCAGACGCUUUGGGUCAAAUCAAUUUGGCCAUUCUACUCAAUUCCACGGAACCUCUCUAUCGCGAAAAACGAAUUUCACUAUUCAUUCUGAAUGGUCAAAUUAAAAACGCGGCCGAUGAUGCCCGGUGGUUACGACAACAAUUGAAUCUCUACUUACGCGACAAGUAUUGCUCGUAUUGUGUUCGAAAACGUGUGAAAAAACCGAUUGAUCCCAUGGCUUGGCGUCACUGGAUGACGCUUGCGAUGUACAAUCUGCUGGCCUAUAAUACGACUCAAGCUGAGCGGGAUUUAACUAUAGCUUUGGAUCUGGCCUCUGCGGCUCGCUACGCGAAUAAAUCCGAGGUGAUCACGUCCGUUACAAGUACCUUGCGACAUUUGAAAGCAAUCGCAUUGCAUAACAAUGGUAAACUUCAACAUGGGUAUGGGUUUAUCGAAUUGCGACUGAUCAUCCCUCCCGUUGUACCUCGCGAAAUGCUCUCAUGCGACCAAGCGUCUUAA